CAGCCUCCGCAGAUCGAGCUUACGAUGAGGACAAUGCGUGGGUGUCGGGCAUACCUGUCCGCAGGGGUUGUGGACGGGAUUUCGCAUGCGUCAACCGUGUCUUGCUCUUUUGCACAAAGAAGGGGCUUGCAUGCAUCAGCUUCAAAAAGCGAGCGACAUCUUGCAGAAAGUUUGUACAUGUACACGCAUAGGGUCGCAGGUCCAGGGAGGAAGUACUUUGUGCCACGCUUUCCAUUGGCACAUCCAUUUUCGAAGCGGUUUUCUUCCGGUCCUUCUGAACCAGUUGAAAUUUCCAGCGAACUUGUUCCCCAAUUUCGUACUGCUUUGAAAGGAUCGAAUAAUAUGGAAGUGUGCUGGAAGCUCUUCCUGACUAUCACUACCGCUGCAAGCACCCUCUCGGAGCUUACUCACGCUGAUUACCGCCACUUACUUGUAAGGCUCCGCACAUAUGCUCACCGAUCUAGACUGGAAAGACUUCGUCGCGUGUUGGACCAAAUCCAGCUGGCAGGACUGCACCGGAGUGCUUUUGAAUGGAAUUCAGAGUUGGAUGUUCUCGUCCACCAUGGUCAAUACGAGGAAGCUCGGGCAACUUACGAUAAAAUGAUUGAGGCGAACAUCGAGCCAGAUGUGGAUACGUAUAAUAUUAUGACUCGCUGUGAGGCUACGGCUGCCAAUCCUGAUGCUGCCAAGCACUGGAUAAAAGAAAUGAGGGCCAAUGGUCACUCACCGCACAUUAUUGCCUAUUCGAACUUGGCCAAAGCCUACAUUGCUGCUGGCGACAUCCAUGGUAUGAUGCAAGUGUUAGACUUGAUGAAGGAGAAUGGGCUUACUCCUGGGCCGGACACCUACCAUAUUCUCGUGCGAUAUUGUAUAACAAAGGGGAAUGCGGAAGGGGCGAUGAUGCUAUUAGGAAUGUUGGUGGCGGAGGGCCAUGUGCCAUCCGUGGAGCUUUAUAGUAGCCUUCUAUCCGUCUAUGUGGAUAACGCAGACAUUGAAAGCACGGAGCGGAUAUGGAGAGGAAUGGCAGAUGUAGGAGUCAAGCCGGACACAGAGGCAUACGAGGCAUUAUUGCGAGGUUACGUGGGACGGGAAGAUGAGAUGAAAGUUCGGGAAAUAUUAUCUCAUAUGUCAUCCCAUGGGAUGGUGCUAUCGCUCCAAGCCUACAUAUCACUAAUGGAGAUGUACGGAAAGCUGCAGAAUAAUGGGGAAAUGCGGAAAUGGUACAAAAAGAUGCGAGCUGCUGGAAUUGCGCCGAAUAUCAAAGUUCUCCAAGUUUUAGAUCGCUAUCAUUAUGAGAGAAACGAAUCAAAAGCGUUCGUCAGACUGCUCAAGGACAUAGGGGAUUCGCACAUUGCUGGUACAGAGACCAGUGUGCGACAAUUCAUUCUCAUGCGCCUUGACCGAGCAAGUGGUCGCAAAGAUAUUCGGUAUGCUAAGUGGCUGUAUGACAUUGGCAAGAGAUUGGGCUCUAUGCCACCGGACCACAUACACUUGAAAGUCGCGGAGAAGGCAGCCGCUGACGGACAGUACGAUUUCGGGCUACGUUGUCUAUCUGAUAUUCAGUUCCGAAAACGUCGAAAUCAAAUGUGUGAGGGUUACGAUCGUGUCAUGCGGCUACUGUUACCGGGACUCGAAUUGGAGGAUCGCAUACGGCUGUUUGAGAUUGGCAUUUCUGUAGGAACCACUUUGUCGAUGAAAUCGGAGGAACAUAUUCGACAAGUUCUUCAUUCUGCCGCUCGCUAUAGACAGUUGUUACCUGCCAUACGUCGAUACGUCCAGUCGUCUGGGGGCUUGCGACUGUCGAGGAAUAUGCGAACAAUGGUCGCCGAAGCAUUGCAGGAGCAUGAUAUAGAUGGGGCCGCUGACUUACUGGGUGAAAUGGGACCCCGCUUUUUUCAAAGUGAAGGGGUGCCCCUUUUGAACGGAAAGCAGAUUCUGCAGAAGUUGCUGGAGAGCGGGGACAUGCAGAAGACCUUCGAUUGGUCACAGCGGCUAGCUCCUUUUGGUAUAUACCUUACCACAUGGCAGGCCAACAGACUCCUCGAAUAUCUUCUCGCUCAUGGGCGUAUUGAUGAUGUUAAGAGGUUAAUGUUUAGGAUGGACGAGGCAAGGAAAUCCCACCAGAUCGACGCUAGCCCAAACCAGAUAACAUACAACAUCAUCCUCAAUGGUCUUGCAAGUCAGCAUGAUCAUAAGUUAUUCAACAAGUAUUGGGCCCAGCUACAACAUGCGACACGUUCAUCCCCCGACCAAUUUUCGUACGCCGCGAGGAUAAAGUUCAACCUAAAUAAUGACGACAUGCAAGCAGCCGAAAAGGAUCUGAAACGUUUAGAAACGAAAUUUGGUACUGUGGAUAUGCGGAUCUGGACACUGUUUAUAUCGUACUACUUGAAACGUGGCGAUAUUGCUGGAGCCAGAGCGAUUUUCAGCAGGAUCGAACGAAGGGGCCAGGCUCCUAACACGGUGAUGUUUACGAUGUUGUUGAACUUCCACCUGAAGCGCGCAGAAUUUGAACAAUUAAACGCUAUUGCAGUGGAGAUGAACGAGAAGAACGUCAAACUGAACCAGGUUUCGUACACUGCUCUAAUCAGCGCAGCAGCGAAGCAGGGUGAUCCAGCACAAGCGCAGCGAUUGCUCCUUAAGAUGAAAGCUGAAGGGCUAAAACCUGACGUAAUUAACUACACCGCGAUGAUUGCAGCGUACGCAGCCGACAGAGAUGCGGAGGGGGCUCGCACUGCAUAUCAACAACUCUUGGACGCUGGAUUGACCCCUACAAUGAUGACUAUGAACACGGUUUUAUCUGCAUCCGCACGAACUGGCGACGCUGCUCUCGUUCACUCCUUUCUAGUGCAGAUGGAGCAACACGGCGUCACACCUGAUAGCAGUACCUACGAGACCUUGUGGCAAGGUUACGCAGUCGCUGGUAAUGUACCGGAAAUGGAGAAGGCGCUCAACUCCUAUCUGCGGAUGGCGGGGCACGCGAAAGUGGAUUUGGGUGUAUUUAACAAGUUACUAAGAGGCCAUGCACGGGCUGGAAAUAUCCCAGGUGCCCUCGAAUGUCUCAAAGGGCUCUACGCAGCUGGCUGUACGCCAGAUGCACGGACGUUCACGGCCAUGAUGGAGGUCUGCGCUCGUGGAGGGGACGUAUUGGGAGUCGGCGAGUGGAUUGGCAAAGCUGAAAUGGCUGGGAUAAAGCUCGACGCCAAGGCCAUUGCAAUCGUCGUGGACGGAUUUAUCAAAAGCGGCAACGUGGAUGCAGCGUGGUCUGUGGUGAGACGAGUCACUACAGUCAACCUUGAUGCUGCCGUAUUCCAUCCUUUUGUGGAUCUCUAUGCGGGUCUUCAAGAUGUGGCGAAAAUGCAUGAAGUCCUACAGGAAAUGUACGAACAUGGAGUUAAACCGAACGUAGUUACUUGGACAUGUGUAAUCAAUGGCCUCUCAAAGGCGGGCCUCGCCAACCAAGGUGUGAAGAUCUGGAGUGCGAUGAGGACUGGCGGGGUUGUGACCCAUGAUACGCUUCAAUGGAAAGUGGAUCCUUUAGCGGAUGAAGAGCUGCAAGCUGGCUGCGGUCCUUUGAUCGCUGUCGUUUUUGAUGCAUUCGGGUUCGGCGACAUGGUAAAAGAAGCCAAGCGGUAUUGGGCUCAAUUGAAAAGCGAAGGCAAAGCCUUGAAUGAAAAUCAUCUUGCCAGUUACGUAGAGUGUCUCUCGCGGUGCGGCUUGGUCGAUGAAGCUUAUGAUAUUGUCGUGAAAGGCGACGGUCCACAGGCGGGAACGAAAACGUUUGGGACAUUGUUGAGUAUGCUGAUGAGGGAGCAAAGAUUAGAUUGGGCUAGAGAUGUUUUGAAUCUUAUUGAGCAUCAAGGCGUGUGGGUAAUGGAUGCUGUAAAAAGGAAGUAUCCUGGGUUAGUGGAGGACAUCCUCAGUGUGGAGGUGAUUGAAAAUGGCACUAGGACCCAUUAUUAUCCGGAUUAA